AUGAUCCGUUUAAAAUCGUAUGUGAACGACGACAUAACGAUGCCCUACCCCAAAAAAAUGGGGAGCGCCACAGACAAGUGGCGACGCACGGGAAUCGCUAGCAGAACUGAAGAUGGCCGACUCAAUGGGCUUGGCUUUUAUAUAAAUGCGUGGAUUGCUGUCAAGCCGAAGACUGCGCAGUGGAGGCAGUUGUACGCGGAAACAGCACAUUCAAGUAUGGAUUUGAAAGCGUUUGCCGUCUUUUGUAUCACUAUUCAAGUGCAUUUCACAAAAGGACAAUCUACGGAGAUGGUGACCGACCCAGCAUAUGAUACGACCACCGACGUCACCUCCACAUAUUGGGAAUCAUAUGAUACAACAUAUCCGGCAGGAAGUGGUGACACCUCAACUACGUUUUACGAUGCCACAGCAGUCACAACACAAGCAUACGACACUUCAACACCGAUGAUAUCGACCAUCGAAUACACGAACACAGUUUUGACGGAUACCUCGACUAACGAGCCAUCAGGUUCCACAGCAGAAACCUCAAUCGACGCAACAAUUUCAACCACGUCUUUGUCGGAGACUUCAAGCACAUCAUCAAUGGAUCAAACUGCAGUUUACAUACAAUCUGGCAAUCAGUCUACAACCACCACUGAAUCAAUAAGUUCCGCAGCAUCCGACAACAGCAGCACAAUUAUUAUGAUGACAAGCUCAACAGACAUUACUUUGGAUGUUUCUAGCACUUCUGCAGCCUCAACUGCUCUAACGAAUUCCAGUACGUUAUAUGCAACGGAGGCAAGUACAUUUCCUUCUGAGGCAACUUCUGUCAUCAUCAGCAACAUCACGGAUACGUCAUCUACAGACACAAGUGCUGGAAGCACAACAUACGAAACAUCAUCUGUUUCACAGAUUUCUGAGCUGUCUACAACCGAAGCAAGCACAUCUACAUCUGAUCUGAAUCAGAUGACUACCAUUUCUGAUCCACUAUCAACUGACACAAUAAAUGGAAGCACAACAAAUUCGGCAAACAAAACGAGUAAGCCAGGUCGCACCUUCAUUCCUCACCACGCAGUCGUAUUCACUCGAAUAUAUUAG